UUCCGCGCACUCGCUGCGCCGCCCACGCGGGUCGGCGGGGUCUUCUCCCUCUCUUGCCGGCGGCGGGUCGCUGGUUCAAGCAGACAAGAUGCUGGGGGUCUCCACGGGCCAGCUGCUGGUCAUCCUCGGGGCCUGCUCCGUCAUGAUGAAGCCCAGCGACAUGAUCAAGAUGGCAAGGGUGGCGGGGAGGAUGACCGGAAGAGCAGUUGGUCGCCUCAUGUUGUACCGCCGACAGAUGGAUGACAUCUUCGAGCAGACUGCAGCGAAGAAGAUCAACACGGAGCUUCAAGAUGCUAUGUCGAAAUUACAAUCAAUUGGUUAUGAAGUUCAGAACUUAUCUAGAAUAACUCCUGGCCAGUAUAUCAAGAGGCAGCAUAACACUGGCACGGCUGAAGCAGGAACGUAUGAUGGUUCUGCACCUAAGCCAGAAGAAUUUCGUGAUGAAAUCCGCAAUAUGAUUCGUGAUGAAAUCCAAAGCUUUUGUAGAAAAAACCCUGAUCAGUUUACCAGGAGCUUGGAUAAUCCUGAUGCAAUUAAGAAUCCUGCAAGCACGACUGAAGCUAGGAAAUUGGAUAUAACUGAUAGAUCUACAAUGGCGACAUAUAAGGACAUGGAAUCAGCCGAUACAAGCUCUACAAAUCUACACAGCCAAGCAAUGAUGUAUGCUAGGUUAAGUGAGUCCCCAGAAAUUAAGAUGAGUUCUUCGAAAGGUGUGAGUUGUGGCGAACAAUUCAAAGAGAGCGGUGGACUGCUAAAUGUGCUCCCGAUAUCUGCUGAAAGUGCUGGAUUGCUUCCAAGCCGCACAGAUGAACCUAAAGGCUCCGACCUACUCCUGGAGGCUGUUCUUGAAGCCGAGGUUGCAGAGAAUGCCAAAUUCUUCGUCUCACAGCCUCAUGAUCAAUUGCCCAAGCAAUAACAACUUUUCAUGUUUAGAUCGGAGACUCGGAGUUGUUACAUUGCUGAUUCACCAAACUUCUUCUGUAAAUAAAUCUGAAGGGAGCUCGGGUGACCGGCAUAUUCUU